AUGCAACGUAUUUUAACUUUGUUUCUGGUUAUUUGUUCUGUGGGUCUCUCCAGGUCGGUUGUGUGCAAAGGAAAACCCGAUGGCAUCUAUGAAGUUUCCUGUCUAUCGCUAGGCAAAUGUAUCAACGGUAAACUAAACAGAAUACUAUGUCCAAUAGGUGAGGUUAUCGACACAGAUGUACAUCAAUGCAAACCAAUGGCAAAAGUGAAGCCGCCUUGUGGCAAAGCCAUAGAUUGUUCGCAACUGAAAGACGGAAGACACCCUGAUUAUGACCAAAAUUGCAGAUCAUACUACACUUGUUUAGCUGGCCGUUUUCUUGGUCACAACUUUUGUCCAAGUUCACUUAUCUUUAACGAUGAACUCAAGCUUUUGUCACGCGCGUCUGAGAGUUGCAUCAGCCAUAAUCUCUGUGAUGAUUCAAAUGUAUUUUCUUUGCAUGAAAAACCGAAGAAAUUAGUCGCGAUGAGAUACCCGGUGGAUCGUCUCAGUGUUUCUCGGGUAGUUCUUUCGAACAAUCUUGCAGCGUCUGGGUCAAAGAGUUACUUUCUAUCCCUCUAG